AAUUCCGAUAAAAGUCAAAACAAAUCGGACCGGCACAUUUUGCACCCGCCCGCCAUCGUCAGACCGUGCUCGACGCUCAGUGCGAUCAUAGACACUGCUUGCAAAGCUCAAAGAUGCUCCUACACUGGGCUUACGGCAUUCUAGUAAUUCUUUUAGCCCACCGUUCUGAAGGAAAUCCCAUUGAGCGCAAGGCAAAUGUGGCCACAGAGUUCAUUAUCCUGCACAACAUUGACAUACACGCCCGAUUCGAGCAGACGAACGUGAACAGCGGCACAUGCUCCCAGCAGGAUGCCAAUACGUACAAGUGCUAUGGAGGAUUCGCACGAGUGGCCUACGAGGUUCGCAAGGAGGCGGCGGAUGGAGGAAUGCCCGUGUUCUACCUCAAUGCUGGCGACACUUACACGGGCACCGCUUGGUUCACCAUCUUCAAGGACAAGAUCGCCAGCAGCUUCCUCACCAAACUCCAACCAGAUGCUAUUUCCUUGGGUAACCACGACUUCGACGAGAAAGUAGAGGGCCUAAUACCCUUCCUUAUCACAUGGCUUUCCUCCGGCAGACGCUGCUAAUAUUAACCGACACGACAAAGAGUGCGUGCGAGAGAGACAGAAAAUCAG